AUGACCAUUACUCAUAUUGUACUGUUCAAGUUUCGGGCGGAAGUGCCAAAGGAGAUUAGAGAUGAAUUCCUUUCAGAGAUUAAAACCCUCAGAUCAUUAUCCUGCGUCAAAAGUCAACGGCUCAUUGUUGGAGGGCCCUCAAUCACCGAACCGGCCGACAAAAGCAAAGGCUUCCAGUACGCUCUCGUGAGCUACCAUGAAGACCGCGCUGCGCUGGAUGCAUAUCAAGCGAGCAGUGAACAUGAAAGAGUAACAAGAAAAUUUUUCAUCCCAUACAAAGAAGAUCUCGUUCGAUUUGACUUUGAGGUAGACCAAGCGGAUGAGCCACUGCUCGGGUUUGGAGGGAUUUGA